AUGGCGCCCUCGAAAUGGAAGUGUACGCAUCCCAAUUGUGGGGCGAUUGCGAAGAAUGAGGCGGGCUCGAUUGAGCAUUGGGGGGAUUAUCACUUUGAAGAAGACUACCCUGGCCCAACGAUUAACAAAACUGCUAGCAAGGCCUCCAACAAGGCUACCCCUCCCGUGUCACUGGGACCCCAACUGGCAUCAGUAAAACACCAGUCUCUACUCAGGCCGCUAGAGCGACACGCACUUCAAAGCCAGUAG